UUAACAAGACUUUGUUGUCGCGUGGUUUAUCGAAAGAAACAGCAGUUUAAUUGACCAUAUUUCUUUUAUUUUGCUGAUAAAUCUGCUCCUUUUUUGUGAAGGCGAAUGUGGUGUGCAUUUCUGAAGUGUCAAAGGGGAUAAAAGUUCUUCCAAUGGGCCUCGGUAUUCUUUUGAUUUGCUGCCAUCAAGUUUCGAUCGUGUAUGAUGGGGUUUCACGUGACGUUUUGCGACAAUCGUAACGAAAAGUUCUACAGUUCCAGUUCGAAGUUCAGAACACAAGAUCCACGUUGAUUUUUUUCAGUUUAUGAUUGUCAAGCCUGAAUACGAUAGUUCUAAAGGUUUGCUACAGUCCAUUUUGAUAGGUUUAUAUCGGGCUUGCAUUCCAUUGGCUGAGCUUUUUACGAAGCUGACCAUGAAGAGUAACGAAAAGUCUUUGGGUUAAUGUCAUUCUUAUGAAUGAAUCUUUUGACAAGUUGAAAAACUUCAGUUUAGUAAAUUAAUUACAAACUGCUAUCGAUGUUUUUCCUCUUGGCAAAUAGAAGAUAAUGUGGGAAUUAUAUAAAUGAGCACCAAAGGAUUUUAAAGGAUUUGAAGAAGUUCGUUCGUAAAGGCCGAAAAACACACAAUCUACAAGUCAGUUCGAAUAAAAAAGUCUUGCCUUUGCUAUAGGCUGCUCAUCAAACAAUUCUGCCUAAGUUUCAUAGAAAUGUAAUUUUUCUUGCUUCUCACGCGUAAUCAAUGAUUUGGAAGAAGGAAAAGUGACGUCAUAGUUGGUAUCUUUCACGCUUCAUGAUUUUUUAUUAAUGACGCCGAGACGCGGGCCGUGAAUAAUCAAAUUUAAUCAUUUUACAAUAAGACAAAAAUUAAACUAUCGAGUUUUACGGCUAUCGUACGACGCAUCGUAAUGAAUGCUAACGGUUGAUCACGUUCAUAGAAGUUUUGCUGAUUAAACUGGCCUGGUCUAUUUGGGCUUCAGCCAAAACUCGACUUGUUUUGUGGCGAACGUAGCUCCAUUUGGAAUUCGUUGUAAACUGACAGGGACAAGGAACAUCAGAAUUCAAGCAAGUUUUUUAUUGAAGACAUGAUGAAAGAAAGAUGAAUGAUUUUUUUAUCGCUCUCCUGUCGGUGUUGGCUUCAGUGUCAAGAGCUGGACUCAGUGGCAACAAGGACUGCGUUUUAUACCUUGGCUUUGAUCGCUAUAUUGGAGCUCGUAUUCUGGACAAUUCAAAACAGAACAACAAUUCGACUUUCGAUCACGGUUCGACCGUCGGGAAAGUCAAUGGAAGUUGUGGUGUUUGUGCUCAGAUAUUGGGGGGCAAUAUCAAUAUACAAGGUCGAGGGUUUAGGGGACUGCCAAGCACCGAGAUCACAAUAGCGCUUAUGGUUCAGCUGCUAAAGAUGAACGGCGUACUACAUCUCUUCGAAACCAUUGGAGGACAACGAUCAGCUCAUAAAGAUUUGCAGUAUCGGCUUGAAAUCCAAGAUGGCGUCAUUCUGUGGUUUCAUCGUGACGCCAAAGGAUACACGGUUUUUAGCGCAACGACUGACGUUCCAGUGCUUACUCUCAAUGUAUGGACUCACAUUCUUGUCACUUACACCGUAGCAACUGGUACUGCACAAAUAUUUGUCGACGGAAAGCUGAAUAAGGAGGAGGUAAAAGAUGCUGGAGUGUUGUUGUCUACAGACUGGGAACAAUAUGCUGGUAUUGGCUCGGAAGAGGGCGAAAAAGCUAUGCAGGGCUACAUUGACGAAUUUUACAUUUUUAAUAAAACGUUGAAAGAAUUGGAAAUUCAAAAUCUUAUCUCAAAAUGUACUGGCGCGAAAAGCAACGUCAUCCUACAGCUAACAUUCGAAAAAAACAUGGGUAACAUCUCCCUGGAUACCUCAGGAAUGCAAAAUGAUGUUACGAUUGUGGGCAUGAAUCCUGAAAACAUGGUUGUUAAUGGUACCUGUGGAAUGGGUCUUAUGGUUCCGGGUAACGUUGGUAUCAUUCAACUGGAUGGGAAAACAUUUCGAAAUAAGCCUACGGAUGCCAUUACUAUUGCAUUAUGGGCAAAUUUUACUUCAGUAAAAGGGAAACACACUUUGUUCGAGACAAUUGGUGGACGUUCAAUGCAUACCAAAAACCAGUACGAGUUGAGUGUCAACGACGGAGCUGUACUGUGGGAGCACAGGAAUGAAUUUGAUUUGAUUGUAUUUGAAGUGAAAACGGAACCAUUGAUCUUACCUGGAACGUGGGCUCACUUCGUGGCAACUUACUCUGCUGCAACCAGCAAGGCAAAUAUAUACGUUAACGGUGCUACAGUAAAACAGGGAGAUGGUACUGGUUAUCUGUCCGACGAUUGGGACGGUCUCGCAGGAUUUGGGAUGCACAGGGGAUUGCCCGAGGAUUUCGUAUAUAUUGACGAGAUCAGGAUGUUCAAUCGUGCCCUCGAUUCUUUCGAAGUGAAGAAUUUGUUUGGCAAGUGCAACUUCGUUUGGAAUGGAGGAAGUAAAGCGUACGAAAUGAUUUACUACAGUUUCAACGGGCUUUCUGGUGAGACAAUCCACGAUGAUUCAGGUCAUAAUGUUGACGCAACCGUCAGCACUGAUGCACAAGUGAAAAUCGUGCGAGGGAGAUGCGGUAACGGAUUGAAACUAAACCAAGGUGAUGUCAGUAUAAAGGGAUCAGCGAUCGUAGUUCGACCUACUUUGGGAAUAACUGUGAUGCUUUGGGUGAAAUUCGACUCAAUACUUGGUGAUCAAGAGAUCUUUGUUACUACGAAUCCUGAUAAUCCCGGAAACAGACACGGGCAGUAUCACCUACAAGCUAACAAUGGAUCAAUCCGAUGGUUUCAUAGAAAUGCAUUGGCUGAGACUGUAUUUAGCGUGGAAACUGCAAACGGCGUGAUCGAACCUAGCAGAUGGACUCAUAUUUGUGCAACAUACAGUGGCUCUACGCGGAAUGCUAAAAUUUACGUGAACGUUGAACUUAAAAGUACGCAAGGCAAUCUUGGUGGCGGAGUUCUGUCACAGGAUUGGAAUGGAAAAGUCAUCAUUGGCAAAUUAUAUGACAUGUCGGACAGCGGCCAAUGGAUCAAAAGCCAGCCACUACUUGGUGUAAUCGACGAAUUUUACGUCUACGGAAAGGCGCUUUCUUUAGCCGAAAUCCAAUCGCUCAGUGAGAUGUGUGACUCAAACAGGGCAGUUCUCCACUUCGGUUUCGAGAAAACUGAGGAUCUCUACACAUUAGAUCAAUCUGGCCUAGGAAACAACGGCAAAUUGGUGAAUUUGACCCUUACAAACAUGCCGGGAAUUUGUGGCUUAGCCAUGAAUAUGAGCCUGGGCGAAAUCGAUUUGGAUGGGCAGCGUUUUAUAGGAAAACCGCUGAACGCAAUCACGAUAGCGGUAUGGAUCAAAUUGAAUACAAACAGAGGUUACCAUCAAAUAUUUAACACGAUUGGUAGUCGCUCUGAGCACAAGGAUGACCAGUUCAAUUUCGCCGUCGACAAUGGCAAAGUAGUUUGGUCACAUGAUAACGAACUGGGGCAAUCUCUUUUUAAAAUAGAGACAUUGCCCGUAGUUCCAGCACGUGAAUGGACUCACGUGACUGCGUCGUACGACUCCAAGGCAAGCCUUGCAAAAUUAUGGGUGGGCGGGAAACUCGUGAAACAGAGCACGGGUAACGGGCUUUUGUCGCAGGACUGGGGACAUUUUGCCGGUAUAGGCCGGCACUUUUAUGAAAAAGAAUAUCUGAAUGGCGCUUUAGACGAAUUUUUAAUCUAUAAUUAUGCGCUUGAGGAUAGCGAGGUCCAGUACCUGGCAAACGCGAAUUGUGGAAAGUAGAUUAAUAUUUUCCGUUAGACGUACGUAAAACACCGCAAUAUCUGAGGGAAAGAGACGUCCAUAGGUUGAUGAUAAAAUAAGACGAUUUCAUGUUUGAUGUUUGUAGAUGUUGAUCGUCCAGGUUAGUGCAUUCCUGAGUAGGACUGUUGGUGUCGAUGUUCACUGCAUGACGUUUCAACAUACUUGCGGUAGUUAUCUUCAGAGUCAAAGUGACUCUGUUGUCAUUUUACUCUGAUGAUGAUUACCGCUGAGGAUGUCGAAACGUCAAUCAAUAUCGACACCAACGGUCCUCAGUGCUCUACUAUCCCGAACGAUCUACAUCUAUAAACUUGUAACGAUAUUUUCUUGGGAUCGAACGAUAAGACAGCGCUAUUUUUUGGCUUUCUUUAAUAUUAGCAUUCAUUGAACAUAAAUAAGCACAGCUUUAUUAUCAAAGUAACUUAGUUUAGUUUAGUUAAUUUUUGUUUUGUCAAAUACAGAUAAUUAUGAUCUA